GCAGACACACACACUAACUUAACUGGCUGCACAUGAAGUUUUCAGUCACACUGCACUGUGGGACUUUUUUAAGGAAUUCAUAUUAACCAGCCAGACUCUCCUAUCUCCUCACUGACAUGUUGCGAUGUUCCGUGCAGCCUUGCAAAACGUGGACUUGCUUUGGGUGAUUUGGGUGUUUUAUUUUGUUUUUGUGCCGGAGAGCGGCUGUAGAUCAGCCGAUGCGGACAGCUGUCAUGAGGUGAAGACAGCCUACAUGAUGCGCCAAAUAGGCCCGGUGGAGCUGGUGCCAGACAGGGCAGCAACAGACGAGUCUCUGCGAGUGUGUGUCCACCCCGGGCCCAGCUGCUGCACCAGUAAGAUGGAGGACAGCUACAUGGCGGCUGUUCGGAGCGAGACGCAGCAGAAGAUGCGCUCCUACAGCUUUGAACUGAAGUACCUGAUCGCUGGACACACCAAGGCCUACCAAGAGACCUUCGAGUCGCUCGUGUCCUUCACAUCUAACCUGACCAGCACUCUGUUUGACAGCGCUUACUCUGCUCUGGCGUCCGACUGUCGCCCCCUUGUGUUUCAGCUGUUCAGCGACGUCAAACGGCACCUUUCUGGAGACUCUAAUUCCACAUUGGACAACAGUGUGCGUCGGUUCUACAAUGAUCUUUUCCCAUUGGUCUACCGGCGCCUGCUCAACCCUGGAAUCGGCCACAUGUCACCAAAGUCCUACUCCUCCGCCUCCACAGAUCACGACGACUGCCUGCGGAUGACGCGGCAGGACGUCAGCCCGUUCGGACCCCAUCCUCGCCUUCUGGUCAGCAGCUUGUCCCGUGCGCUUGGGGCGGGCCGAGCACUGAGCCGGCUGCUGAGACUGGCGGGAGAGGUUGUGAAUGCGACCGAGAAGGCGACGUUAUCUAGAGAGUGUGGGCGAGGCUUAGUGAGGAUGCAGUACUGUUCCCACUGCAGAGGGAUGACACUGAUACGGCCUUGUACCGGACUGUGUGUCAACAUUAUGAGAGGAUGUCUGGUGGGUGUAUCAGAGCUUGGCGCCCCCUGGGGGAGUUUGGUGGUGUUGCUCCAACGGUUAGCUGCUACCUUUGCAACCAGCAGCAACCACAACAGCAUGGAGUUAGCGCUGUUAGCAGUCCGAAAUCAUGUGAAUGAUGCUAUACUGCACGCUCAGCUGCACGGGCCACGCAUCACAGCCACAGUAGAGAAGGUGUGUGGACCUCAGGCAGCUGGUCCCAUGAUGCCAAGUGCAAAUCCCACUACCUCACAUAUUACGACCUCUGUGAGCCCUUCUACAUCAGUCACCUCACAGAGGUCAAAUGUGACAUUGCCUCCCUCAGCGGGUCCCGCUGUUCAUCAGCGUCUGCAGCCCCAAUCCCGGAGGACAUUCCUUCUUAAAGGCUCCAGAGGAGACAAGAGUCGCAGCCUGAAAAAACUCUCCAGGGAGUUUGAGGGCUCUAUCCAGCGGUACCAGUGGUUUUUCUCCGAGCUGCCAGAGAUGCUUUGUGAAAGUGAGAUGGAGGUUGAGCAGCACACAUGCUGGAGUGGCCAAGACGUCGUAGAGAGCUAUGCAGGUCGUGUGGUUGGCACCAGUUUAAAAGCCCAGAAGGAAAACCCAGAGAUGACCGUCCGUAAUACAGAUCCUGUCCUGAAGGGGGCGAAACAAAGGCUGGAGCAGCUAACACAGGAGCUGUUAGUGGACCUUGGCUGGGUGAGCAAAACCAGAGGAAAGGUGGUGGAGGAAGAGGAGGGAGGGAGCGCACAGACAGAGAGAGGCAGCGGAGACGACUGUGAUGAUGAAGAUGGCUGUGAAGCGUCUGGUGUGGAGAACGGUGAUGAGACAGGUGAUACAUCCAGCGGUCGUAGUCCAGCGACAAAGGACAUGGCUCCUCCUCCUCCUCGUCGCCCCGUCCCUCCUCAUAACCUCUCACCUCCAAAGGUGGCUGUUCGAGGCUCAGCCCACACGUUGUCUGGUGAACCUCUGACCCUGGCCACCCUGCUGCUCCUACUGCUGUCACCAUGGCAACACCGCUGAUCACCGAGAGACAGUCUGACAGAGACAAAAAGACUGAGAGACAGCCACACGUGUUUUGUGGUGAAGUUGAGUAUUUGGAGUUUCUGUGAGCACUCAACCACUCUGAUUGUGUUUGUUUUUGGGUGGGACACGCUGUCGGUUCUUCACAGCUGCAGGUGCACCGUAUGCAUUUCUAUGUUACCUCUUGUACUGACCUCUACAUGUGUUUGUUUAUGUGUAUUUAACUCUGA